AUGUCGAUGAAUGUGUUGUUAUUCGUCAAAGUAAACGAAAUGGCAGCCAAAAAUAUAAAGUCAAGUGUCAAAAUUGCAACAGGAGCAGUGGUUUGUGACGAAAGCGAGUUAGUUGGAGAUAUUACUAUAGGGGCAAGAACAGUGAUACACCCUAAAGCAAGGAUUAUUGCAGAAGAUGGACCAAUUAUUAUAGGAGAAAACAACAUAAUUGAAGAGUUGGCCUGUAUAAUAAACAAAUCCCCAGAAAAUGCUUCACCUGGGAGUCCACAGGCUGUGAUGAUUAUUGGAAACAACAAUGUCUUUGAAGUGGGUUCACACAUAGAAGCUGUUAAAAUUGGGGACCAUAAUGUUGUUGAAGCAAAAGCUACAGUAGGCAGGCAGGUUAUACUCACAUCAGGCUGUAUAAUUGGAGCAGCGUGCACUGUGACAAGUAGUGAAGAUAUGGAAGAAAACUGUGUCAUAUAUGGUCACAACUGUGAACGAAGGGUGCAGAAGGAGAGGCCACCGACACAAACUCUUCAAAUAGACUUCCUUACCAAGAUACUACCAAACUAUCAUUACCUGAAGAAACCAACUAAGGCUUCGUCACCCCAGAAAAAUUAGCAAAUAUUAAAACUAUGUUGUUUUAGAACGAUUCAUUUUGACAUAAAGUGUCAAAAUCUUCCUUGGAGACAGUGUAUGAUGUAUGGAGCCUUGUAAGUGGGUGUGUGGUUAUUGUCAUAACAUUAAUUUAAUGUAUUGGUUCAUAAAAGCAUACUUAUUUUAACAGAUUCAGAAUGAAUGUUACUUUGAUUCAGUGUAUAAAAUGGUUGCUAUUCAAAAGGACCAGAUCACAAAUUGACAAUUUUCAUAUUUCCCAGAGAUUUGCAAAAUACAAGAAUACUGUAUACAAAUCAGGGAUAUACAACUACCGGUAGUAUGUGUGCUUUUCUCCAUUUAAAAUUCACAAAGUGUUAUAUUGCCACUUUGGAAGAUGAUGAAUAUUAAAGGGACUUGUUCAUGGACUUUUGUAGUUUGAGCUCAACUGAGCUCACAAUACUUAUGUUUGGGUGACCACAUUUAUUGCCCAAUCUUUUGAAACUUCGUAAGAUCAUUUGUCCAAAUGAUUUCUCGACUGAGUUUCAACCUGGGUUCAACAACUAGGUCAUAAGAAAAAGCUUUGAACACUAGAUGUCUCAUUUAUUGCCCAAUCUUCAUGAAACUUGGUUCGAACAUUUGUCACAAAUAUAUCUGGCUGUAUUCGGAACUGGGUUGUGUGAGGUUAAAAGCUAGGCAUUUGGUCAAAUACUGGAUAAGCUUGUGAAGUCACUUUUGUUUCCACAAUACUUGUGAAACUGGCUUUGACCAUCAUGUGAGUGCGAUAUGGUUCCUAUUCAUUGAAAAACAUGAAUGCCAUUAGACAGAACAGUUUUGUUGAUGUGGCUGUAGUGAAACCAUUUAUCAUGAAACUUGUUCAGAACAUUGUCUGGUAAUAAUUUCUGGACCAAGUUUUUAAAAUGAUGUUGGCUUAUUGAAAAUCAUGGCAGCUUUCCUUUUUACAAGUAUACAUGUAUUGCUAAACUUUGUGAACACUAUCUGCAGUGAAGUCUUCAUAAGAGUCUCCGGUGAGUGCAUUAUGGCCUUCGAUCCACUUGUUGGAAAAAAUGUAAUGAAAUAAAUUUACUGGUACUUCAAAACUGUAAAAUACCAGUGUAAAAAUUUGAGUUAUAAGGAAAAAGGUGAAAGUACAAAGAAAAAUGUGCCUGUUCUUGUGUUUGAACCUGGGCAAAGAUAAAGUGCUAACACUACAACAUUCAGGUUUUUUAAUGUGGAUGGAAAUCAAAACAAUGUGUUGGAAAAACUACAUGAUUUGGCUAUAUUAUGUUAUAAACGUUGGAUUAUUUUUCCCAUUUCUAAAUAUGAUAAUAAAUGAACAAACGCAUAUUUUUCACACUUGUGAGAAGUGUUAUUUUGAUUGUUUGAAUGUCAUGAUACAUUUUUGAAUCCAUUACCUUUUAUUACCAGUAAUUCUUAUUUUUCAAAACUGUGAACAAGUCCCUUCGAUUACAUUUUAACUGCUUUUUCAUAGAUGUGUUGUGUUUAUUUAUUGUAAGUUAUGCUUAUAUAUUUUGAUUGUGCAAUAAAUGGUCAAUAGUU